AUGGGCCUCCCCGCUCCUCCGCCCGAGGCCAGGCCGGGAGCUGCAGGCGAGGGCCGGCCCGAGGCGGAGGAUGGAGCAAAGGGCGCCGGGCUUCUCCCAUCCCGUGCUGCGGCCCCCGGCCAGCGGCGGCGCAGCCUGGAGCCCGCCGACAGCACCCACCACGGGGGCUACCCGGCCUCGCAGACGCCCAACAAGAGCGCUGCCCCCGACGCCCACCGCACGCCCAGCCGCACCUUCGGCCCCACGGCUGCUGAGCCCAAGCUCUUCGGAGGCUUCAACACCUCCGACACCAUCACGUCGCCGCAGCGCUCGGGCGCUCUGGCAGGUGGAGUCACCACCUUUGUGGCCCUCUACGAUUACGAAUCCCGGACGGAAACGGACUUGUCCUUCAAGAAAGGAGAACGUCUCCAAAUUGUCAACAACACGGAAGGCGACUGGUGGCUGGCGCACUCCCUCACCACGGGGCAGACGGGAUACAUCCCCAGCAACUAUGUCGCGCCCUCCGACUCCAUCCAGGCUGAAGAUUUCUUUAUAAGUGCCUAUUGCCUCUCCGUCUCCGACUUCGACAACGCUAAGGGGCUCAACGUGAAGCACUACAAGAUCCCCAAGCUGGACAGCGGUGGCUUCUACAUCCCCUCGCGCACCCAGUUCAGCAGCCUGCAGCAGCUCGUGUCCUAUUACUCCAAGCACGCCGAUGGCCUGUGCCACCGCCUCACCAACGUGUGCCCUACCUCCAAGCCCCAGACGCAGGGCCUGGCCAAGGACGCGUGGGAGAUCCCGCGGGAGUCGCUGCGGCUCGAGGUGAAGCUGGGGCAAGGCUGCUUCGGAGAGGUGUGGAUGGGGACCUGGAACGGCACCACCAGAGUGGCCAUCAAGACCCUGAAACCCGGCACCAUGUCUCCGGAGGCGUUCCUGCAGGAGGCCCAGGUCAUGAAGAAGCUCCGCCACGAGAAGCUGGUUCAGCUCUACGCCGUGGUUUCAGAGGAGCCCAUCUACAUCGUCACUGAGUACAUGAGCAAAGGGAGCCUCCUAGACUUCCUGAAGGGAGAGAUGGGCAAGUACCUGCGGCUGCCCCAGCUCGUGGACAUGGCGGCUCAGAUCGCGUCCGGCAUGGCCUACGUGGAGAGGAUGAACUACGUGCACCGCGACCUCCGCGCGGCCAACAUCCUCGUGGGGGAGAACCUGGUGUGCAAAGUGGCCGACUUCGGCUUGGCGCGGCUCAUCGAGGACAACGAGUACACGGCCCGGCAAGGGAUGGUGAACCGGGAAGUGCUUGACCAGGUGGAGCGGGGCUACCGGAUGCCCUGCCCGCCCGAGUGCCCCGAGUCGCUGCACGACCUCAUGUGCCAGUGCUGGAGGAAGGACCCGGAGGAGCGGCCCACCUUCGAGUACCUGCAGGCCUUCCUGGAGGACUACUUCACUUCCACAGAGCCCCAGUACCAGCCUGGUGAAAACCUAUAGAGCUGGAGCUCCUCGUGGCACCAGAGAGCCCC